AGUCGGGCGCCGCGGUUUCUUUCUGACUCCGGCCGCCUCGGGGGAGCCGUUGCAGUGCAGAGUCUAGUUCGCCUUAGGCCCUCUCCCCACCGCGGGGGUAGGAAGGGCAGGUGACUGACUGCCCCACCGUAAAGGGCGGUGCGUGCGGAGGCCUGGAGCGGUCCUCACCUGGCCUUGGGUGCGGGGCCAAGCGCGGGCGAAGAGCCCCGGUUUGGCGCCGCCGGGCCUACAGUCCCCUACAGUCCCCAGAGGCUCGCCGAGUGCCUCUGCGGAGCCGCGCGACGCGCAGGCAGGGUGGCUGCUGCAGCAGGUGUGAAUGUGCCUGACAAGAUGAAGAGCCGAAUCCCCGUGGUGCUCCUGGCCUGUGGCUCCUUCAACCCCAUCACCAACAUGCACCUGCGCUUGUUUGAGGUGGCCAGAGACCACCUUCACCAAACAGGCAGGUACCAGGUGAUCGGGGGUAUCAUCUCUCCUGUCAAUGACAACUACGGAAAGAAGGACCUCGUGGCUGCCCGGCACCGGGUGGCCAUGGCUCGGCUGGCCCUGCAGACGUCCGACUGGAUCCAGGUGGACCCCUGGGAGAGUGAGCAGGUGCAGUGGAUGGAGACAGUCAAGGUGCUGAGGCAUCAUCACAGCGAACUGCUCAGAUCUCUGCCCUGGAAGGAAGGCCUGGACCAAGGCAAGGUUGACUCUCCAGCCCCCGCAGCUGUGCCUGAGCUGAAGCUCCUCUGCGGGGCAGAUGUCCUGAAGACCUUCCAGACCCCCAACCUCUGGAAAGACACGCACAUCCAAGAAAUAGUGGAGAAGUUCGGCUUGGUGUGCGUGGACCGGGCAGGGCACGACCCAAAGGGGUACAUCUUGGGCUCGCCCAUCCUGCAGAGAUACCAGGACAACAUCCACCUGGCCAGGGAGCCAGUGCAGAACGAGAUCAGUGCCACAUACAUCAGGCGGGCCCUGGGCCGAGGGCAGAGCGUGAAGUACCUGCUCCCCGAUGCCGUCAUCGCCUACAUCAAGGAGCAUGACCUCUACGCCAGCCCCGGAGAGGAAUGAAGGGUAGCCAAGCUGGGGAGGGCCACCUCCUCCUCCACUGGUCUCGUCCUGAGGACAGGGCGCUUACAGUCUUUGUUUUCCAGAGUUUUUCCAUGUUUCAUUUGGUUUGUUUCAACAAUGAUUUUGUUUGUGAGGUACCUUCUGUCCCAGGAAGAGAUACCUUCUUCGGGGAGGAGCAGAUGUUUGCAUCACAAGGAUGGACAUUUAUCACAGAAGUUAAAGUGGUCAUUAGGUUUAGACGGAAGUUCUCAGAACCUCUGGAUGAAGAGGCCUUCUUAUUUUGUAACUGGUAGUUAUGGCUGCGCACUGAAGGCAGUUCUGCAUGUGGCAGGGGGCCCCUGAGGGUCAGAUCAGAAUUGCCCACAAAGCGUGUUUUAACUAGGACCAGGUGCAGCUUGCGGGUCUUGAUUGGAGAGACUUGACAGGAUGCUAAUUACCAAACAGUGGGCUUUGUCAAUGCCUUGUUUCCACAAAGUAAUGUUCAUGGAGGAGUCCAAAAUUUGGAAGCAACACUUUGCUGAUUGACAUUGAGUCUUCCUUUACAAACCGUAGUCUGCCUGCCUACUGGCCAUUGAUAAAAUUUAAACUAAAAUCUUUCUAGGUAGUGAUCCUCAAACUAUAUAUAUAUAUAUAUAAUUUUUUUUUUUUUUUUUUUUUGCGGUACGCAGGCCUC